CAAGCAUAGGUGACGAAUAAUUGUUUGUAGACGAUUUAUUUCGCAUAUAUUUUAUUGGCCUUUUAUAAAAUAGGGUAUAAUUUGUCCUUCGAUUGCCGUUUUCGUUUUAGCAUAUCGACUAUCGCAAUCAUUAGUUAUAAUAUUUUAAACCUACAAGAGAUUUAUUGGAGUGAAAAUGGUUCGUGCUACUUAUUGGAAAAUCAAUACGGUUUAUGUUGCUUUUAUAAUAUUAUAUUUUAUCACGAUUGAAGAAGUGUGUUGCGGUAAGUAAAAUAAUAUUUUUUACUCAUUUCAUUGUACCCUAGUGUGUUUUAAUAUUAUACAAAAAAUACACUCGAAGACAAUGUAAAACACAAUUUACGACACUUUUUUAGAUUCGGAGUGUAGCGAGGGAUUUAAUGAUUUUAAUAUGAUAUGAUUUUGUGUCUGUAAUUUUUUAAAUUAGACAAAAAUCGUUAAAAAUUAAUAAAUCUUUUCCUAUUAUUGAGAAGUAGUUACGAAAAAGAUUUAAAUUAAUUUUAAAACUCAAAAUGGAAGUUGAUUCCCAGAUUUUACAAAAAAAUUUAUUUUUCUUAAUGAUAUUAAUAUUUGUAUUUGAUAUUUGUAAAUUUCAACAUUUUUUAAAUUUAGUAAAUAAUUGUAUCGUCGAAAUUUCGUUUCAAAAUAUAUAUAUUAAAUUACCAUUAAAAAAAAUUAUUUUAAAAGUUCAAAUUAACUAUUUUUAGUUUAAAAAAAUUAUACAUAAUUAUGGAAUAAUAAUUAACAAAUUUUAAACAUUAAACAAAAAAAAAAAAUAAAGGAUUUUUUAAAUAUCCGUGGAACACUAUAUAUAUACUAGUAUAUAUAUAGUGAUAUAUAUAUUCUAUAAAAUAGGCUAUCCAAUUUAGAUUGGUCGUUAGUAAGGUUAAGUUAAGUAAAGUCGUGUUGUCAAGUGUGUGCCACGACACGUUUCCGUCGACGUUUUUCGUUGUCGAUAGCAUAAAAUCGGUUCAAUUUUUUCGUUUGUCGUCUCUAUUUACGCAUCGAUUGGGGUCGUCGUGAACUAAUUCAUUACAUUUCGCGUUGAGAGGAUGGCAUAAACACAUGUGCUGUCUCCGACAAAAAACAACGCAACAUAGCAUAUUUUCGUUCAGCAUUAUUAAAAAUUCCAUAAAUAGAUAGAAUAUUACUAUUAAUAAUUUCUGGUGUCAACAUUUUCGGUUUCCGUCAACCCGUUAACGAGAUAUAUCACUUUUAACUUUAUUUAAGUAGGGGGCGAGCAGUAAAUAUUAUAAUUUCAGUCAAAAUUUGGUUUAAAAUUUCUCAAAAAAAAAAAAAAAAUAGUACAUUUCACUCUAUUUUAUUUCCCUAUUACCUACCCGACUUAGUUUUGCAAAAAAAAAAAAAAAAUUAGGACUUAGAUUUGAACUCGUGACUUCCGGGUCAACAAUAGGUACAUACUAUCUAUAGACUACGACAAAUAAUAUUUCAUAAUUUAAGAAUUGUUAUUUUAGACUUAUUAUUUCCUUUUCAGUGAGCGAUUGUGAAGAAUCUAAAAAAUUUACUGGAUCACAGAAAUACGGUACUUCUUUGAAUAAUAAAUAAUAACGAGAAAAAUUGUUUGACAAAAAAAUGUAUAUAAAAUGAAAGAGAACAUAUAUAUUUUCAACUAUUUGAAUCAUUCCACACAUAUAUUAUUAGUGUGACAAAUUUUGGCUGUGCCCCUUGAGAUCUUUCUUGUAUUCGGUGCGUCAUCUCAUGGCACUAUAAUAAAACACAUAAAUUAUUUCCUUGCCUCCUCAUUGAAAUUGAAUUAGAUGAUUUACUAAUUAUGAAAUGUAUCCUGUUCAAUACAGACUCUUUCCGGAAUAGUAAGUGAUAUACUAUAUACAGUUGUAUUUAUUAUUAUGACGUUAUAUUUGUACAGAUAUUUAAUUAUUAUUAUAAUGAGUUUUCUGUUGCAAUACAAACUUAGGUUUUACCUUUCCGAUUCUAAAUGUGUAUUAUGGAAUACAUAUUUUUUAUCAGAUGAUUUUUCUAAAAUUUAUUACGUAUCGUGAUUUGAACGAGAAGAUUCUGAGUUUUUCUACUUUUAAAAAUUAAAAUGAAAACUCGAUGUUAGUGUCAUUAUAGGAAAUUCUUUUUAUGGGAAGAAAAUGAAAAUAAAUGGAAAUUCUAAAAUACUUGUAUUUGUAUUAACGAAAGUUUAGGAACUUAAUUAUUCGACUCUUCACCGCUUGCAACACGUUAUCCUGGUAACGUUUUGGCGUUAAAUAAUGUAUACAGGGUAAUCGACAUAAAGUAGGACUUUAUUGUCUCAGAAAAUGUUAAAUAAGUUCGGUUUCUGUUUUUAGAACAUUUAAUAAUAUCAGUAGCUGUUAAUUUAUAUUUACAUUUCUAUUUUUUUGACGUCCUUCAAUUAGAGAGCAAAAAUUUCCAUCUGCAUUCAAUUUUCAGAAAAAAACCUGAAUAGAAAAUUACCAUAGUGUAUCGAAUGUAAAUUUAAGUAAAUUUUUGUUGUGACAUUUUUUAUUUUCAUUAACUAAUUGAUAAUAAAUUACAAUUUUUUACUUCGGAAAGUAGAGAUUAGUAUCGCAUUAUUUAUGUGGUGCAAAGUGCAAGGUGAGGUGAUAGUGUUUCCACACACUCCUUUGCUGUAACUUUUUUUUUUUAAACCGCCUGAAAGCUUUUAUUGUAACGAUCAAUAUAAAUCUUUAACAAUACAUUAUCAAAGGUGUACAUAAAUACUUGUGAUGUAUUUAUAUACAAAAAAUAAUAACACGUGUGGAAUCUCACUCCCAGUGAAGUGGCUCCGAUCUUAGUCUGAGAGUAUUAUACUAAAUUAUAUGGUCUUCGACGUUUGAGACGCCUAAUUUCUAGAGAGUUGUCUAGUAAUUGAAUUGCGGCUGGGUUAGUGUCUUUUUUCAUGUUUGCGGGUAAACUUGGUAAUCUCGUCCUGGAUGAAGUUGAUCAUCAUAUCUCGGUGGAUAAUGUCGUUUCUGUCAUACCGGUAAGCUGCGACAAUGGUACGGAGAGCGAUAUUCUGGCAACGUCGUAUAAUCUCAAUAUUGGACUUCCUGGCACAACCCCACAGUUGAAUUCCAUAAGUCCAUAUUGGUUUAAUUAUCAUUAUGUACAAGAGGCGUUUGCUUGUGAGAUCUAGUUCGGAACGUUAAGUACAGGAUUGGUCCAAGGAUUCUUUUAUGUGGUAUACUCGCCGAUAUGUUUUUCUAAUCAGUUAAUGCUUCUUCGUGAAUGACCCUGAAUUGACGUUCAGUCAGGUAUAGUAUUCGAAAAGUGCGUACCAUGUGUGUGGCAGCUGUUCACGUAUUUUUAUAAGUAAUGUUACAUUUCACUCUAUUUUAUUUUUUUAAACAAAAUGCAUUUUGUUUUUUCCCUAUUACCUACCCGACUUAGUUUUGCAAAAAAAAAAAAAUUGGAACUUGGAUUUGAACUUGUGACUUCCGGGUCAACAAUAGGUACAUACUAUCAAUAGACUAUGACAAAUAAUAUUUCAUAAUUUAAGAAUUGUUUUUUUAGACUUAUUAUUUCCUUUUCAGUAAGCAAUUGUGAAGAAUCUAGAAAAUUUAAUGGAUUACAGAAAAGCGGUACUCCUUUGAAUAAUAAAUAAUAACGAAAAAAAAUUGUUUGACAAAAAAAUGUAUAUAAAGUGAAAAAGAACAUAUAUAUAUAUUUUCAACUAUUUGAAUCAUCCCACACAUAUAUUAUUAGUGUGUCAAAUUUUGGUUGUGCCCCUUGAGAUCUUUCUUGUAUUCGGUGCGUCAUCUCAUGGCACUAUAAUAAAAUAAAUAAGUUAUAUCCUUGCCUUCUAUUUGAAAUUAAUGUAAAAGAUUUUCUAAUUAUGAAAUGUACCUUGUUUAAUAUAGCCUCUUCCCGAAAUAGUAAGUGAUAUACUAUAUACAGUUAUUAUGAUGUUAUAUUUGUACAUAUAUAUAAUUAUUAUUAUAAUGAGUUUCCUGUUUUAUGUUUCCUGUGAUUUAUGCACUUCAUAAAUAAUAAUGAGAAAAAUUGUUUGAUAAAAAAAUGUAUAUGGACUGAAAAAGAACAUAUAUGUUUUCAAUUAUUUGAAUCAUCCCACGCAUAUAUGAAUGUGUCAGUUUUUGGUGGUAUCCCUUGAAAUAUUUCUUGUAUUUAGUGUGUUAUGUCAUGGCAUUAUAAUAGAACACAUACGUUAUUUCCCUGCCUCCUAUAUGGAAUUAAAUUAGAUUAUUUACUAAUUUUGAAACGUAUUCUGUUCAAUAUAGCCUCUUUCGUGAAACGUAAGUGUUAUAUUAUAUACAGCUGUCUUUAUUAUUAUGACGUUUUAUUUGUACGGAUAUAUAAAUAAUAUUAUUAUGAGUUUCCUGUUGCUAUGCAAACGUAGGUUUUACAUAUGCGAUUUUAAAUGUGUAUUAUGUAAUGCAUAUUGUUUAUUAGAUGAUUUUUUUUGAAAUUAAUUAUGUAUUGUAUUCGUCAUUUGAAAAAAAAUAAUCAGUAUUGCAUAAAAAAAAAUAGUUAGAAGUAGAGAGUAAAGAGUAAGUUAGUACCAUCUCCACAGAAAAUAAUUCGGAGACUCCGGUGUAUUUAUGGCAAAAAACAUCAACUACGUUUUUUUAAGAAUUAAUCUGAGCUUAUCAGAUUUCAGAAGUUAGACCUCGCCAUUUACUUUUGUCAAACUGUUGUUUUUUAAAUUGUAUUCUGUAAAUGUUUACAGUUGUAUUUAUAUAUUAGAUAAUUAGGUUCAUGGUAUUUUGCCCUAAAGAAAUAGGAAUUAUUUAUGGAUAAUACAAUUUUUAUUUCAUAUUUUGAUAUAAAUAAUAAUUAGCAAUCUCGCAUUGUAUGCAGACCCAUAUUGUAUUAUGAAAAAAAAAUAUUUGUUUGUAAACUUUCAUAAUCCUAUAGGUAAAAUGGUGUAUUCUGUUUUCAAGAAAAUUGUACUAACCAAGAUUAUUGAACAUGACCUUGAACAUUCAACACAAAUUCAUUUCAGAAAUUAUUAACCUUACUAAAGAUAUCAAAAAUUACGUUGUAAACGUUCUAGCUAACAAUUUUUGUCAAUCAUGAAUUAUAGGCCUAAUUUUGGGUAACUUGUACGUUCUGGAGUUUUAAUAGUGUAAAUAGUGACAUGAAUAAAAAGUAAUUAAUACUUAGAUUAAAUGAAUUAUUAAAAGCCCACAUAUGCCGUACCAACCAUAAAUUUCGGAGAAAGUUUGGCCCACAAAACUGUCCCCAAUAUACGUCAUUUAGUGCAGAUGGAUGAUAAUAAUUCUUAAAAUUACCACAAAUAAAAGUUUUACUUUUGAGUCACCACAUUAAUGAAGUGAUUUCUCCACUUAUACAUUACUCAAUAGGAAUUUAAGGCAAAUAGCUAUGAAAUUGGAACUACUAUGAUCAAUAUACUGUUUACAGGAAUAUUGUUGAACCUAUCAUGUUCAAUUUCAAUAAAAUAUACAUUUUCGAGUAGUUUUAAUCCACCAAAGUACAGAAUUUUCGUGUAAAUAUGAUAACUAGAAACCGAGAUUUUAUUUUCUUAAAAUACACAAAAAAUCAUUUUAAAAACGUCAAAAAGUCAUGAAAAAAAUUACUUAAUAAAUAUAUAAAACUCAAAAAUAAUAGCAGGGUGUAAUAUUCCGCCCAUUUGAUGGAUUUAUAAUAUAAAUACAAUUUUCUUAUAUCAUAUAAAUGAUUAAUAAAAAGUAAUUUUUUUUUCUUAAUACGGACGAUUUAAUUUAAAAGAAAUUGUUUUGUGUUAAUCAUUAUCGUAUUGUUAGGAAAUUUAAUUUUAUAAAUUAAAGUCAAUAAAGAGGGAUUUAAAAAUCCUCUCUAUUAUUUAUUCUUAUUAAAUAUUUUUAAAUGCUUUUUUUUUAGUGAUUUUUGGUGUUCUGGGGCUUACCCUUUUUGUGGAUUAUAUAAAAAUAUAAAUCCUGCUUCUAAUGAUGACUAUGCGUGUAUUUCAUUUAUGCCAUAACUAAACAAAAAAUUCAAAAAAUCAUUUUGAUUAAUUUAAUCUAAUGGACUAAAAUAUAUCGAUUAGAUGCCUGGACUUGAGAAACUUUUCAUUUCCACUGUAGUAUAUUAUCAAGAAAUGUACUCCAACCUAAUGCAAUUUAGAUAAACCGUUGUGAUCUCUCUAUAUUCUCUUUGCCAUAAACUAUAAUUAUUUUAAAAGAAAAAAGAAAUACCAAAAAAACAAAACAUUUCUAUUAAUCUUUUGUAUACAUCAGGAAUGGUCAAUCGGUGGAUCGCUGAAGCUUUAACUGUUGUUUUGUUAGAAUUUAUUUUUAUAUAAAUACUAAAGAAAUUACAAUUGUUAAGAAUUUUUCUUAUUAGAUUAUUUUGAUACCAAUAAAUCAUAAAUCAUUUCAACAGUUUUUAUGCUGUUUAAUUAGUUAAGUCUUAAUUUAUUUAACUAUACAUUUUACUUUUUUAUAACACUAUUUUGUACCACAGGGCUUGGAAAAUCUUUUAAAGGAUGUAAGUUUUUUUUAAUGUUUUUAUACUUUCGUUAUGAAUUGAUGUUGACAUUUUUUAUUUAGAAUGCAAUUCUUGGUAGCAAUAUAUUUUGUCAUUUCAGUUGUUAGUUACUUUAAAAUUUAUUGGCCUUUUCAUGUUGCGUAACAUUUUAUUUUUAUGUUAAUUUUAUUAUUUUUUAAUAAUUUUGUGAUCGUUUGCCCAGUUUUUUUUUUUUUUUUUAUAUAAUUCAUUAACUCUUGUUUUUGAUUAAUUAUUUUAAAUUAUUAUAAUUUUAUUCGUAUAGUAUUUUACGUCCAAACAGCAAUAAAGCAUAAACCAAAAUAAUAUUAAAAAUAACAUAAAACAAAAUGGAUUGGAAUAUAAUCAAACAGGAUUAACUAGAAUUAAUUUUGUAUGUGGUCAAACAGUGCUAAGUUUAGAGGUAAACAUAAGAGAUAUCGUUAGCUCAGGGAAUUAUUGAUCUAUGUCUAUUGUCUAGGUCUUCGAUCGGAUGUAUGCCAUCUAGACUUAGAAAUAUGAGAUAUCUUUUGUUGUUUUAGAAUGUGUGGAUAGGGCAGGCUGGAAUCAUGUGGUUGAUUGUCAAACAGAUUGUUCCACAGUCACAGGAAAAUAUUAGCCACAGGCUACAACAUUUAUGGUAACCAUUUCUUGUUAUAAGCCUGUUUAAAGUCGACUAGUCUCUGCAAGGAAGGUGUUUAAACUUUAUUGUAGAUGUNUGUUUCGUUGUAUACCAAACUGGGUUUCGUGAUUUCAGUUUUUUUUUCGCCAGCUGUUUGCUAUUUCAUAGUGUAUGGGAAGAUUCGUAAUUAGUUUACAGUUUGAAAAUGCUUUGAUCAGAGCUUUAAUCAAAAAAUAAAAACAUUCCACAACCUGGAUAAAGUUAAUUUUAUCCACUUCAUGGAAAGGUCAAAAGCAUUUCAUGUAAUGUCAACAUCAUAAAAUGAGCGAUUUCUCUAAAUGGAUAAAAUAUAUAAAAAAAUAAUCUAUGUAUAAUUAUCGAUGAUAUUUAUAAACAUGUAUUUCAAUUUUUAUUUAUAGAUAGAUAGUAAUGAUAUUUAGUUGAAAUCUAAUAUUAUAAUUAACUAAUUUUUGUUUCUACUCUGUACAAUAUAGUAACCAGUGGAAAUUCAGGUAACGUCAGAUUAUAUACAAUAUUAUAACGAGAAUAAUUUUCAUGUGAUGGAGUUAAUUUUUAAUUCAAUACCCAGAUCCAAGUAUAAAAUAAAAUAAUCAUAAUGUAUAAAAAAGAAAUUUGACCGUCGGGGUUUGAAAACCAAUUUAAAAUAAAACCGAAAAAUAUAUAUUUACGAAAAUACGUUUUAACAGAAUUUAUUAAUACAAUUUUUAUUACAAAUUUAAAUACUAGCAACUUUAUUUUCACAAAAAUUUAGAAAAAAACAUUCAAAAUAAAAAAGGCAUUCAUAUUAUUAUAGUUGAUAUUUUGGUACUCCUGUAAACUCAGACAUUAUUUUUUUUACGUUUUGUUAAAGAACUCAACGUAAUAGUACUCGUAUAUUAGUAUAUAUACAUGUUACCGAUUCCUAUUUGAAAUGUAGUGUGAUAAUUUAUAAAUAUGUGUAUCUACUGGGUAUAAUAUUGUUGGUGGUGGUAGUAGGGGAACCUACGGCAAGACGUGAAAUAUGAUGGGACAGCGUAAUGCCUCCGUAACCAGUGAUAAUAGUGAUUUGAAUAAAACCUCAUUGCUAAAGAAAUUAGAAAUUGUAUUCGAAAUAAUCCAAUGGAGUCUUUGAAUUAUUUCAUAUUCGCUAGAAGAUUUCUGAGAUGACCGACUGAUAUAACAUUAUUUCAUUAUUAAAUUGUUCAUUUCACAGUCAGAGCCACAUUUAACUGAAGGCAAUUACCCCGGACGUCAAUUUUAUUAUGUUUGAGAGGCGACAGAUUUCAGUCAAUAGUAGUUUUUUGGGAUUUUGAUUUAAAUAAAAUAUUGUGUGUAACGUGGUCGGGUGAUCAGUUAGAUAUAUGAUAUUCUUCUAUGGUUUUCUGGUCAUUAUGAAUAUAUUUAACCACACUUACAUUCACACAUACUUUCCGGUACUCGUGAAGAACUACUGUCUCUUAUAUACUUCACGUUGGCCAGCGGCCUUAUAAUAUAAUAUGCCCUAUCAGGAACAUAGUGUCUACUUAGCGGAUAUACUUAUUUUAUGUGUUGACUUAUAAUAAUGUAACAAUCGUUAUAAUUGAAUUUAUUACUUUUUUCAUUGUUGUUUUCGUAAAUUUACCCGUUCUUCCUACGUAUUUUUCUGUUUUGCUCAAUCAUUAAAAAAAAACUAUAAAUCAAAUCAAAAAAAUACAAUUUUGGUCACCAACAACAUUAAAAAUUCACCAAAAAGGCUUCUUGUUCUUAUUUAACAAAGCAAUAUCUGUGGUAUAAUACAUAAUCCGUACAAAAUUUAAAUUAUAAAAUCGUUGUGUCUUUAUUUGAAAAAAAAAUUGUAUAUUUCGUCUUUGUUGGUAUUUGCAGUUAUUAAGGAAAACUUUUUGCAUAAAAAAAAUACUUUUUUUGUUAGAACAGAAUUGAUCUCAUGUCAUUUUUUCAACUGGAGAAUGAGAUCUAAUAAAAAAAAUCGUAAAUCGUAUUUUCUUGUUACGACGGAGACAGAAAAUAAAAGAAACAAGUUUUUCGUUGAAACUUAAACUGACAAAGAAAUAUUGGAAGGAGUACAAAAGAUAAAAAUAAAUGUGAAGUAUUUUAUGUUUUUAUUGAUAGUCUAGGUAUGAAUCUGUUUUACAUUGAUAUUUAUAAUAUUUUUGAGUAAUAAUACAAUGAGUGAUAAAACCCAGUAAAAAUAUGUAUAUCAUAAAAAUUUAAACAACUUGUUCAUAGAACAAUUGUUAUCAUUUAAUAAUAUAUUAAAAUUGAAUAAGUCUUUUAAAAUGUUUCACUUAUUCUCCACUAUUUACAACAUUUCCAUUUGUAAAAAUAGAAUUGCGAAUAUUUUGUUAAGUAUAUGGCUCAUCGAAUGCAACUAGGGAACAAUCAUUUUCUGUAUUUAAAAUAAUAAUAAAUUAUUAAAGUUAGUAAAUGGAAAAUAUCAAUUAUAUCCGUAUUAUACAUAAUGGACGAACUUUUUAAAACAAAAAAGUUGAUUGAUCGGACAUUAUACAUAAAUUUGCAAUUUUGAAUUUGAGGAAAGAAUGUAUAUAUUUUGGAUACAAAUUUACUUGAAUUUAUUGUUUAUAGUUAUUUAUUAUAAUUAUUAAUUAAUUAAUGUGUAAAUACAUUUUUUUAAACAUUAAGCUUCGUAAAAAAUAAUAAGUAUGAAUUCAUUGCAGAUUUAGGUAGUUUUUAGUUCCUUUUUAAUGUUUUAAAAUUAUUAUUAAUAUUAGAAUAAUUAAUUACUAUUUAUCGAAUAAUAAUCAAAUGUUAGUGUUAAAUUUUUAAUUUUUUAACCCUUUUACGAAAUAUUCCACUGUUCAUUUUUUCAUUUUGUGGAUUAGAGUCUCCUCUCACUCAAUUAUUAUGCUUUACAAAUCCAUCUGCCGAAUCAAAAAUAUAGGUUGGUAUUUAAAAGAUCAAAAGAUGUUAUCAUUAUGAUAACAAAACAGUAUCAAUCAUGAAUAACUCUAGUAGUUUAUCUCUUGAUAUCAAUUAUAUUAUCAUUAAAUGAUAGAGCCUUUGUGCGUUUGAGGCUUAUGCAAUUAUUAAUAUAUUGAGUGCGAAAACCUGAUAGCCUGCAAGAAAGAGGAGUGGAAAAAAACUUGUCACGUGCGCAGUAGUGUUCUAUGCAGAACAUAAAAAUGUACACUAAUCCAAUUCAUGCAUGUGAAAAUCGCUGUCGGUAUAAUCGACAUAGACAAAUAUCAUAAAAUCUUCGUUAAAUUAUUGAACAAUUACAUUAUAAUAAUAUCAUUUUUAUAACAUAUUAAUAUUAUACGUAUUAUGUAUAUAUUUUUUAUAUUAGAUUAUAAGAUGUUANCCCUUUUACGAGAUAUUCCACUGUUAAUUAUUUCGUUUUGUGGAUAAGAGACUCCUCUCACUCAAUUAUUAUGCUUUACAUCUCCUUCUGUCGAAUCAAAAAUAUAGGUUGGUAUUUAAAAGAUCAGAAGAUGUUAUCAUUAUGAUAACAAAACAAUAUCAAUCAUGAAAAACUCUAUAAGUUUAUCUCUUGAUAUCAAUUAUAUUAUCAUUAAAUGAUAGAGCCUUUGUGCGUUUGAGGCUUAUACAAUUAUUAAUAUAUUGAGUGCGAAAACCUGAUAGCCUGCAAGAAAGAGGAAUGCAAACAAACUUGUCACGUGCCCAGUAGUGUUCUAUGUAAAACAUAAAAAUGUACACUAAUCCAAUGCAUUCAUGUGAAAAUCGUUGUCAGUAUAAUCGAUAUAGACAAAUAUCAUAAAAUUUUCGUUAAAUUAUUGAACUGUUACAUUAUAAUAAUAUCAUUUUUAUAACAUUUUAAUAAAAAUCUCGUAUUAUACGUAUUAUGUAUAUAUUUUUUAUAUUAGAUUAUAAGAUGUUAUAUUUCUUGUAUAUUUACAGAUGUCGAAAAUAUUAACGGUGAGAAUCAAUGAUAUUANUAAUCCAAUGCAUUCAUGUGAAAAUCGCUGUCGGUAUAAUCGACAUAGACAAAUAUCAUAAAAUCUUCGUUAAAUUAUUGAUCAAUUACAUUAUAAUAAUAUCAUUUUUAUAACAUAUUAAUGUUAUACGUAUUAUGUAUAUAUUUUUUAUAUUAGAUUAUAAGAUGUUAAAUUUCUUGUAUAUUUACAGAUGUCGAAAAUGUUAACGGUGAGAAUCAAUGAUAUUAAAUUUAAGUAACUGGUUUAGAUUAUAAUACUUUUAUUUCAUUAUUCCUUAUUAAAUAUGUAUUAUUCUUAUAAUACAGAAUGUGGAUUUACCAUUCCCUUGCAGUCCAUGAUCUAGACACACUCGUUUACUGUAAAUUAAAUAUAUUAUCCUGACUAUUUUUUAAAAAUAUAACAUUUAUCUAACAAUAAAUUGAAUGAUUAAAAAAUAUUUACGAAAAAAGUCGUUUUAAUAAAAGUGUCAACAUUUAUAUUACAGUGAAUUAGUGUCCUGUAGGCUACAGAUACUGAAAUUAAUGUAGUCCUAAUAUAAAUUAUUUUAACUGUUUUGUUCAUUAUUAUUUUGAAACGCUAAAAAUAUAUAUUUAUGUGUAAUUUUUUUUAGAGAUAUGUUUGAGUGAGUUAUUUUAUUUUAUUUUUAUAUAAUAUUCCUGUUGGUGGGGUUCAGAAAAUUCUCACGGUAUUUCUACCAGUCGUAAGAGGCAACAAAUAGUGUUACGUCAAGUCGACAGCUGGUGUAAUAUUUAUGUUCUAAAAAAGUUUUCGGUUAAUUGUCAUUCCUAAUUGCAUAGGGAUAGAAGUAAAAUUAGGUAUUGUAUUGCAAAAUGUUUGCAGAUGAUAUAACUUGAAUAAGAAAAAAUCUGGAACAAGUUAUCAAUAGACCUGAAGAACUGAGAGUAACAUUUGAAGGAACGAAUCUAAGAAUAAAUAAAAUUAAAACAGAUUAUAUGACAGCAUGAUUUUGGAAGAACAGGGCAAGUAAGCUAAAGUCAAUAGCCGAGGUUUAAAGUUUUAAGUAUCUUUUAACUCUAUACAAAAGAGCGGUGGUUUGACGAGGAGAUGAAACAUAGAAUUUUCAGGGACGGAUCUAUUGGGUCCCGGGUGCUCAAGCCACUCCUAGACAUAUUAUCACCCCAAUCGAUUUUUUUAUUAAUAAUAUUAAUAUUACGUAUACAAAAAUAUUUUGUAAAAACAUUAUAAUCAAUGUCGAGAAUAUUUAACUGAAUUAUAAUCAUUGCUGAUGAUAAUUAUUUGUUUAACAGGCGACAUAAAGAAUGAUUUAAAGAGUAAGUUGUAUACAAUUUUUAUCAAAAAUCUUCCUCCGAUAAAUAAAGUGUAACAUUUUUGAAAAAAAUUUCAUAUUGUUUCUUCAUUAAAAAGGUCAUCUUUUGAUAUACAAAACAUUUUUCAUAAUAAUUUGUAGAUUUCGGGAAAAACGUAGAAAUAAAUGGACAAAUAUUUACGGCUUAACGAUUUCAUGAUUUUAAGUUUGUGUAUUUUAUGAUUUUUACUUCUACUAUAGAUCUUAUUUCAUUUAAAAGAUGAGAGAAGAUCUCUUUUUCGAAUUUUAAAUCUAGAUGUUCAUGUUGAAAACCCAAUGGUUUUCAUAAUAAUAAGAAAUAUCGAAAGACGACGAAAAACGGUAAAACAAAUUUUACGGCCUGCAAUUUCAUUAUUUUCAAGUUGUGCAUAUGAAGUAUGUGUAUUCUACCAGAUUUCUACCAGUAUUCUUCCAAAAAAAAAAAAAAAAUAAAAGUUUUUUUUGUAUUUUUAAUCUAGUUGGUGAGAUAUAAAGGCAUUUUUUGAUUUUAUCUAUAAUUUUAUAAAUAAUAAGGAAAAACCAGAAAAAUGGAAACCAACAUUUUUUUUGAUUUUCGUGUAGUUUUCUUAAUAAUUGGGUGAAACCGGAAAAAAAUCAGAAAGAACUAGAAAAUUUAAAAAAAUAUUGAUCCGUUAUUUAUUUAUUAUAACUCAAUUUAAAAUAUUCUUAAAAACAUGCAAUUUUGUUAUGAAACCUAUAUUUGACUUCUCUAAACGUUUUAAUUUGUUCAAAACAUGUUUGAGAUUUCUUAACUGUUCAAAAACAUUUUGUGUUUUUCAAUUUUUCACAUAGUUUUUAUUUAGUACGUGGACCUAAUUAUAUGACCGAUAGAAAUGCUUUAAAAUUGAACAGGCGAUUUAUUAUAAAUUGUACUAAGUAAUAAUAAAAAAAAAGUUAAGUGCAAUGUAGUCAUUUUAGAAUUCUAAGUGGAGUGAGGAUUAUAUUUGUUUUACAAUGAUAUUUAUUAUUAUAAUUAUUAUGUUUUUUCUUUGAACUACUUUUCUACCAAAAAUAUUGCUCUGAUUUUCAAGUAUAGCGAUUUUUCUGAAAAUAAAUCUGACUAGGUUGUCACUUUAAUGAUGUCAUUUUCACAUGUGUUUAAUUAAUGAUUGGAAACAACCGGGAAAAAAUGUAGGAAAACCGGAAAAAUGUUUGCAGUGUAUUAUAUUUUCAAAUUUUUGUUAUUUCUUUUCUUUUGUUUUGGCUUAGUUCAAAAUUUUUGUAGAGACUUGAUAUUCGGGCAGUAAACUUACAUUUGUCUUUUAUUGACGUGGUAAAAUUUCAAAUCAUUUUGGCCUUUUCUAAGCUAUUUAUAGACAGAUUCAUUGUGUAAAAUUUUUAUUCGGUGGAUACUCUAGCUCUGGAUAAAAUGGUUAAACCAAAUAAAAAUGUUUGAAAAACUAACAAGAUGCUCAUUAUAAUUCGUAAUUUGUGUUAAAAAAAUGAAUCUAUGUCAUGUAGAAUUUUUUUUUAAAUCUUAAUUUUUAUAUCAAAUCUUGAUGAAAUUCACCUUACAAAGCAACACAAUGGUUCAUAAUUACUUUCAGGUAUAUAUUAAGUAAUUUACGUAUAUCUUACAAUUUCAACGUAAUUUACCUAAUAGAUAAACUAUUAAUAACCUUAACAUCAUCAAUUUGCGUUAUCGCAUCGACUGGUUUGUUUUUAUCCACUCUUACUUGUGUCUCGUCUUCUGUACGUCAAUUUUAGUAAAUUGGUCUACAUCCCUGUAUAGGUGUUUUCACUCAACUUUGUUUACUCUGUGAAAUUUCCUGAUGCGAUUGGUAAAGGAUACUCGGCGGUUAAGUGCCGAAGUCCGAUGGCCAAUAGUCAUCAAUUCUCUGUGGACAAUCAUCGAUGGGUUAUUUUAUGUAUCCGGAUGCCAAUAGCCGCUGCGUCAUGCGCGCAAUUCACAUAGUCUUUCAAUGUGUAUUGGUUUGCGUUUUAUUUAUACCAUAUAUUAGUAAUAAUCAGGGUUAUUGUUUAUUGAAUAUAGUUUAUAAUUAUCAAGACAUGAUAACCUUGUUCAAUUCACCAAAUGUGUACCUAUGUAAUAUAAUGUAAUUCAAUUUAAUUAGAAAAAAAAUCACUGUAAAACAAGGUAAAAAUAAUUAAAACGUUUAAUGUAGUUUAUUUCGUAUCUCGUUAGUGCCCAGCAUUAAAAAGUUGCGAUAUAAUUUGUGGUGCUAAAUAAAAUUUUCGAUUUACUUGGCGAGAGUAAAAUUUUACUUAGCACCAUAAAUUAUAACACUAUUUUAUGAUGCUGAACAUUUACGAGAUAUUUACAUUUUAACUGAUAACUACAUCAAAUGGUAUUUUACACGUAGCUGUUGAAGUAUUUUUGUUGUAAUUAUAAUUAUAUUCACCUAUUAUACUAGUCUAGUGUUCUUUUUUUUCAACCAUUGAUGUAACGAAUUUUUUAUUUCAUUUGUAUUGUUAGUUAAAUAUAUGAUUAAUUAUGUGAAAUAGAUUGUAAAGAUGCCAAAAGUUGUGCCGAAAAAAUGUUUUACACCGUUAAAGGUCAGUGUACUUUAUUAGAAAAUUAAGCAUUUAGUUAUUAAAUCAAUUAAAGGUGGCAUAAGAAGAAAUGUUGACCUGGGUAUUCUUAUUAUGACCAACCCAUACAAUUCCUCCAUUCCAGUUUAGUUAUCAAAACCUAAAUCAUAUUCUUAAACAUUGACAUGAUCGUUCACGAGAUUUAUCACUAAUAUUUAAAACUUGUAUUAAUAACUCAUAACGUGGGUACAGGUCGUUUAAAAGCUAUUCGACAACCAACUGCUCAUGAAUCAGUUUUCGAAUUCAAAUUCGACCAAUUUAUUUUUUAUUUUUUUCAUAGUGUAAGUUAUUUUAAAUCAAAAAUUGAUUCUAAGAAUCCAUCAUGUCACGAUCAUUGUAGUCACCACAUGACGGUAAUCGUUAAGUGGCAACCCAACAAUCAUCCGAAACCUGGAAACCUACGAUGAGUUUCUAAUCAUAAAAUCGUUCAAACAUAUGGUGCUAGUAUUUUGUCGUUUUCUAUCAACUUACAAUAGUGCACUAUAAUAACAUGAUCAAUUUGUUAUAAAAUAUUUAACAAAUUAAUAAAAAUAUAUAUUAAUAUAUAUAUAUAUAUAUAAUAGGUAUAUACCUAUAUGAUAAUAGUAAAAUUCAAUUCUAAGUACUUAAUUUCAAUAAAAAAACAAAUGCACUAAAAAUAUAAAUUAAGUAUGAAUAUUCAAUUUAAUUAUUUUAAAUUAACUUUAAAAAGUACAAUUAAAAAAAAAAAAAAAACAAAAUUGUAUUUUAUUAUUUUAUUUAUCACUAGCUAACCCGGCAAAACAUUGCUAUUGCUAGAUAAUAGUGCAAAUAAUAAUAAUAACAGUUUUCUUGUUUGUGACAAUUAAAUUGGCAUCCUUGUCGUCAAGGUAACCUAUGAAUAAACAAAAAUAAAUAAAUAAUCAAUUAGAUACUCUUAGCAAAAUUUCCGAAAAACCAAGCUAUUGUAACUUUCACAGGGAUCUCCAAUUUUUUUCAAAAUAAAAUACAGCAUAUUAUGUUACUCACUGAUAAUGUAGCUUUUCGUAGCAGAAAGAAGUUUUAAAAUCGGUCGAGAAGUUUUUGAGCUUAUUCAUUACAAACAUACAAAGACAUUUUUUCUCUUUAUAAUAUUAUAGUAUAGAUUAAAUAGCUACCAGGUCAAUUAUGUUAUAAAACUAAUAUUCAAAACAAAAUAUAAAUGAAACUUAAAUUUAUUUUACUUUUUUUUUAUAAAUUUUAUAUUAUUAUCGUUUAUUUAGAUUUUGAGGGAUUACAAUGUAAGUAUUUUAAUUAUGAUAGAUACUAUUUUGUAUAUUUAGUUAUUAUAAAGGUAUAUUUUUGAAAAGCUUCAUGAAAAGGUAAUAUUUAUUUUAAACAAAAAUAUCAUUGCGGUUCUAUUUUACUCCUCAAGUUAUAAACUUCAAUAGUAUGAUCUAAAUCAGUAUAAAUUGUUUAUAUCUCUGAGAAUAUAAAUUAUCUGUGCAUUAUUAUUUUUUUUUUUCUAGUAUAUACAAAAACAUAUGUAUUAUAUCUUUAUAGAGAAAUAGCGAUAAGUAAGUUGUUGUGUAAUCACUUAUCACGAAAUAUUUAAAUUAUAAUUUUAAUUCAUUUAUCGAUCUUUUAUAAUUUUAGAUAGGUACUAUUCUUACCGAAGUCGUACAUAUUUAUUUAUUUUAAAAAUUAUGUUUUUUUCCCACCUUCUCGGAAAAAUGUCUGUAAAAUUAACGUUUUACAGGUCAUGGAUUUAUGAUACUUAAAAUUAUAAAGUAACUGUUUAAGAGUCCUUGUUUUGAGAAAUACCUGUUGAAAAAUGACUCUCAAAUGCUUAACUACUAUAAUAAUUUAUUUUGCUAAAAACGAUCCUCCCAUUUUAUAUUACUCUGUGAUACUCAAAUAUUAAUAAUUAGAAAAAACUGAAAACAAAUAUUAAUACAUUUAUGAUAUUAAGAUUAUAUUAUUUUAAAUUUUUAUGCAAUCCAUUUCUUAUAAAUAUUUAUCCAAUUUAAAAAUAACAAGAGGUCUUUUUUGUUGAAAUUUUAAUCUAGUUGGUAACCAAUAAAAUCGUUUUUUGAUUUUUUUUGUAGUUUUUAAAUAAUUAAACAAAUCUGAAAAUUACACGGAAAGUAUUGGAAAACUAACGAAAAUAAUUCUUUUAUUUUUUUUAAUUUAGUUUAACAUAGUCUUAGAGUCUUGGAAUUAAGACAGAAAAUUUAUUUAUAGAAAUUUAAAUUUUGCAAGUUUUUACGUAAUUUUUAUUUGGAAGGUAUUUGUGAAUAAAAUUGUUAGUCUAAAGAGAAAUGCUUGGCAAUAUUACAGGAGAUUCAUUUUAAGUUGUACGUAAAAGUCAAAAAUAAACUUAAGUGUAAUGUAAUAUUUUUAUAUUUUUUUUAAAAGAGUUUUAAAAUCAAUUUUUGACGAAAAUCACACCUUUCACAACAUGUAUAACCGAACUUCACUCAGAGUCGUUUUUCUUUAGCAAUGAUUAAUCAUAGGUUGAUGUACAUAAUAAUUAAAUAGAUUUAUGUAUACCAUCUUCCAUUAUACUCAUUUUUUUAGCAACUUUUUAUUUCCUUUGUUUGUAGAAUAUAAAGAUUAUUUAAUAACUCCAAACGAAUAUUGCAAAAUCGUUUUCGGUUCGUAAAAAUAUAUUGACAUUUUUCAGUUUUAUUGUAUUAUAUUUUUGUUUUUAAAAAAAAUGUAAAUUAAUGUUUAUUUAUAUAGAAGACGAUAGCGAUCGGAACAAAAUAAAAGAUGAAAUAGAAAUGUAUAAAAGUAAGAUUUAAAACUGAAUUUUGUAACCUGUGGCUGUAAUGACAUUCGUAAUAUGUUUAGUCUGAUUACUUGCAACCUACUAGCCCUAUGCGGCUGUACGAAAAAAAUUAGGCUGAUCAACGGCGUUUAAUUUGAUCGAAUGAUCAAGGGCAACUACAAGGGGGAAAAAUGGACAACCUAGCUCCCUAGCUUUCCAGAAAGUUACAACGAUUAUAUCUAAAUUCAAUAUCUUAAAAUUCCAAAAUUCAUUAUUGGUACUAAAGUAUAUUGAUAUUUAUCAAUACAGCUUGAUUGUUACCUAGUCGUUGGGUUAAUUUUUAUCACACUAUUUAAUAUAUGCUCAAUGAUUUAAAGUUGGUACCAACAACUCGUACUACAGCUGACAUGCACAUGACUUGCGGAUUUUUUUUGUGGACAACUACUUGAGGUUAUCUAAUGUAAGGGAAUCGUUUAUCUGGAUUAUGUAUAUUAAGUUUACAUAGGAAAAAAGUCGAAGAACUUAAUUUAGCAGAAAAAGUUGUUGAUGAACUUAGGAAAAAUAAAAUAAAAUUAAAACUUGUGUUUAAUUAGUUACUAUAAGUAUAAAAUCUAAUAUUAUAUUAUAUUACUUUUAAACUUUUAUAGAAAUACACAUAGGAAUACACUAAUAAAAGUGUUUGAUUAUUAAUAUAAACUAAGGCUGCUCCCAACCCCCUUCUGAAUUUUCUCUUUCAGGUGCCCUCGUGAAUGAUAAACUAUUGUUAGGCAGUGACGACAGCAUCUGUUGUAAUUUAUAAAAGCGAAAAAUAUUAUUAUUAUUAUAGCUAGGAUUUAUAUGCAAUCUAAUAUGGAUUCUAUUUAUUAAAAUAUGCGAAAAAAAUAGUAAAACAAUUUUUUUAUUUUUUUCAAACUUAUAUUUUAAGUAAAAAUGAUUGUAAGUACCUAUACAGCAAUACAAUUCAAGAUGAUGAAAAACAUCCUCUGCUGUCGGUAUAUUGGAAUGUUUGAUAUUGUUAGUACUAUUGGGCUGUCUCACAAUUACGUCGUUAAAUAAUAUGUAGUUAAUCCAAUCUACUAUUUAUGACAAUACGAAAAAUAAAACAAUAUUCAUAUAACCGUCCAAUAAAUAAAUACUAUUUAAAAUUCUUAAAAUUUUCAAAAAUCUAAAUAUGCAAUUAUGUUAAAAAUAUGGGAAAAAAAUUGUUCUAUUUAAUUAAGAAUAAGCCAAAUUGUGAGCACAUCUGACAACCAAGCAAUUGAGGCUAAUGGAAAAAAUCAUACAAUUGCAUAGAAAUCCUAGGCCUAAUUAUUAGGAUUCACUGCGCUUGGAAACAUAGUUGCACCGUGAUUUUAAAAUAUUCUACAACAAAAUCGUCACGGCGUAGCGAACAUGUAAGGAAAUUGAUAGUAAUUUGAUAAUAACUUAGAAUACUCAUUAUUAAUGAUGUAUGAUUAGUACUAACAUAGUAUAUAAAAAAAGAAAUAUUCCAAGAGGGAUAAGGGUCAAAACACUUAGACCUUCUCACAUGUGACCUUUUAAUUAUUUGUUAUAAACGAGCACAUAUUUUUUUAUUAUAGAAUGCAUUCAUAAAAAUAAAGCAUAUGGAUUUUGGCGUAAGUAAUAGGCAUGAACCUAUAAAAUAUAAUUUAUAUUUAAUUAUAAUUUGAGAUCAAGGUAAUAAUUGAAAGGCCACGAAUAUUAUCUGGCAGUAUGUUACCACUGAUAUUACAUGCAUACUUUCAGGAAAUAUAUUUUAGGGAUAUCAACUUUUAUUUAAUUCAAUAACGUAUGAAUAAAAAUAUCAAAUUAAUAAUAUUUUUAUUUUAUAGAUAAGUACGCUCAUAGGACUGUGGUACAAGCUUUUUUUUUGUCAAGUAUGUAGAUUAAACUUAAUUAUUUGUUUACAUUAUCGGUAAAUACUAAUACUAUAUCUACUGAAAUUUAUUUAUAUAUUUUUAAGUUUAAUAAAAAAAAAUCCAUAUACACAGUAUAGGUGAACUACUAUUGGUAAAAAUAUAGCAAGUUCAUAUGGCUUAUUAUUUGAAACAUAUUUAACAAAUUUAUAUAAAUGUAACCUCCAAAUCUUUUAUUUCCUCGGAAAACACUUUUUUGGUGAGGAAAAAUACUUCAAAUUGUUCAUAUCGUACCUUUAAAAAUCGUGACAUUUUUUCAUCAAAUUGGAAAUGGUAGUUAAUUUAAACAUUUUUCAAAAUUUCUAAGUCAUCCAAAUAAAAAAAAAAAAAAAUGGAAACCCUAAAAACAAAUGACAAUACACCGGAGUAUUAUUGUUGAUUUCUGUGUUAUAAAUAUAAGAGGAAACCACAACUAUUACUAUUAAUCCACACAACAGUUAAUUAAUUUGAAUGGUCAUCAUCGUUGCAUCAGUAUAUAAAUUUAUUUGGUAAUUACCCUAUAUCCUAUAUGCGGUACCAAUUUAACUAAACAACAGUAACCUAUACCUAUGGCGUGAACUUUUUUUCAAUUUUUAAUUAAUUAUACAAUUUAUCUGAUUACUCAUUUAUUGGACUUUUAUAGCAAUUUUGAAUUCACUUAAUUUUGAUAUACUUUCGUAACUUAUAUAGAAAAUGAACAAGAUGGCGUAAAAUUAGGUAAGUUCCUUUAAUAAUAUUAUUAUUAUGGUCGACUCUUUGCAUUUAAUUUGUACGUCAUAAUUUGAUGAAUAAGUGACAGUUGUUUAUAGGUAUUACAAAUGAAAAAAAAAUGUAUAUAAUAUUAAUGAAAUAAGUAUAUUAAUCAUUUAAUUUGAUUUAUCAGUUAAAUAAACGUGUUAUAAUAUUUUUUUAUUAUAGACGAAAAUUUUUUGGAUAUUGUAAAAUCUGUUAAAACUAGAUUCAUCACCGAUACUGAAGGUACCUACACGUAUAUUGUUAUUUUUUUAGAAAUCCAUAUAAGUAAAUCCGUUCUAGUUUAGUAGAAAAGUAGUGCACAGUUUAAAAAAAAAAAAUAAUGAAUAAACAACUUUGUAAAACCAUAACCUUUUUUAUACUCCACUCAGAAUCUAAAAUCACUCUGUACAUUAAAUUCCAAUCCAUAUUCUACCUUCCAAACUUUCCACCUACAACAAUGGCUGCAAUCGUCCCCAUUAUUGGAUAGCUUUUUUUUUAAAUUAUGAGUGUAGUAUAGUACGUAUAACAGGUAGUAGUUUGUUUGAAAUCCAAUAAAUAUUUUCAAUAGUUUACCGGGUUUUAGGUACUUUUAUUCAAGUUUUGUUAGAUUCUGGUUUACCUUAGCAGGAAGGGUAGUAUUAUCACUACCACUGAUACUAUUACGCUCAGAAUGGUUUUUCAUUUGCAUUGAUUUAUUGUAUCAUACAGAAUUUAAGCUAAAUUAAUAGUGAUCUAUCCACAGAAUGUUUGACUAUUUCAAUUGUGUUCUUAACAAUUAGUUUGAAUCAAUUACAAUGUGUUCAAAUUAUUUGAGAAAAAUAGCAUUUUAUAUUAUUAUCUUUAAACUCUCAUCUAAAUAUAAAAUUUUAGUUUUUUUAAGGGAAAGCAAAGUUCAUAAUUUAGUGUAGGUUUCCGGUUUCCACCAUAAGUGGACCUUCCUUUUUUACACCAAAACCAUAUUAUUUAAUGCACCAUUGAUUCAAUAGGUAUAUUAUUUUAAUAUACAAUAUAUAGGUUAGAAAAUGUUAAAUUGUAUUUAUAAAAAUGUCAGGUUCAUGAUAAAAAAAAUCACCCUGUAUAGUUUCCUAGUUAAUAUGUUUUUAAUAAAAUUCUUAGAUAUAUUUUUCACAAAAUCGUAUCCGAAAUUUAAAACAACAUUUUGUUUUAAUAAAUAUGAUAUUUAGUAUAUUAUUUUAUUAAAUGCAAUAUUAUUGAAAGAUAAUUCCAAUUAUUCAAUUUUUGUUAUAAUUCGGACAUUUUUCUCCUUUAGUAGAAAUGGGUAAUAGUGGGGGAAAAAAAGGUCAACUUUUGUGGAAUCGUGCUACGCCCAUUUGAAUAUUUACUAACCUAACAUUAUAAUUUAAUUUUUAUAUUAUUCUAUUGUGUAUAAUAGUAAUGAAUUGGAAAGGAAAAAGAGGACCAACUGAAUUUUGUUCAGGUAAAAUUGAUUUGUAAUCGUAAAUUUAUACGAUUUCAUUAAUUUAUCUCUUUUAAUAAUAUUACUACCCGAACCAGCUUGUUUUUACUUGUAAUCAAUUUGUUUCUACCUAGCCCUAAAUAAAUACUAUGUUGCUAACCAUGUAAAUCUGGAUUCACAAGGUUUACAUGCCUACAAAGCACAAUAAAAUAUUAUCUGAACCAUAAUCUGGUCCAGGGAUCAAAUUUCUUAUUUGUAUGUGUUUUACAAGAAAACUGUGCAUACCUGAAAUAUUUCAUAUUGUUUAAAUUAAAUUUGAAAUAAUUCCUGAACAUUUUUAAGUUCAUUUAAAUUUUUAUUUGAAAAAAAAUUGCUUGGUUUAUUAAACAAUUUAGCUUUAUAAUCUAUAUAUCUAUCUAUCUAUCUAUCUAUAUAUAUAUAAAUAAAAAUAAAUAUAGUUAUACAUACAAAUAAAAUAAAUAAAUAAAUGAAUGCGCCGCCUGGAGUAUUAUGAAUAGGUGUAUUAUACAUCCGGUUUCGAAUUAUACACCUAUCAUAAUACUCCAGGCAACGCAUUCAUUCAUUUAUUUAUUUAUUUUAUUUGUAUAUAUACAUUUUUUAUUUAUAUAUUUUUUUUUUAUAUUUAUUUACUUUGUUUAUUAAUAACUAACAAAACAAAAUUACGAGCACCUAUGAUAAUUGAUAUUAUUUUAAUUUAAACAAUUCUAGCCAAGUGUAUCGGUAAGAACAUAGUAAUAUUAUACAAUCGAAAUUUUUAAGAGCAUAUUAUUUUAGAUUACAAUUUAUGAAGUUAUAUUUUGUGUUUACACGGUGAACUGUAUUAUACAGUAUUAUACUGUAUAAUAUACGGUAUACGGUAUACGGUGUACCUAUACGGGUGUACUUAAUCCAGUUUAAUUAUUAUUAAAAUAAAAUAAAUUUUAAUAUUUUACAUUAUUUUAUGUAUGUAUACAUGUAUUGUACAUAAAAGAAAUAUUAAUGAAUGCUAAUGGUGACAGACAAACCUUUAGUUAUAACCGAUACAGCACGUUUAGGCAUUAAAAUAAAAAUAUUGAUACCUUUUUUAUAGAAGUAUUUAAAAUAUAUACAUACAUAUACCAUCAGGGGCGUGUUUUCAAAUUUUUUGUGGGAGAAGAGUUUAAAAUUUUUCUAAAAAUGUAGUGAUUUUAUAAUAUUAUAAAAAAUACAUAUAUGACAUAAAUUAUAUUAUUAUAAAUACAAAUUAAGAGUUAUUUAUAAUAAAAAAGGUAAACGCCUUUUUUUUUGCCAGUUCAUCAAUAAUUUCUUAAAAUUACAAUUGCUUAAAAUUUAUUUUAAAACCAUUUUUAAUUUUUACCUCUACUACAUCAAUUGUAUAUUAUCUAAUUUUUAAUUUCCAAUUAAUAAUAAUAAUUAAUAACUCUUCCCCACUCCUCUGGUCUAAACUUUAAACAGUUAUAACUUAUAAUGAUUACGAUAAUGAUUAAUAUAAGUUUUACCAUUUCUGUAACUAUUUGUACUGCUGAACGAUCUUUCAACACGAUACGAAGAGUAAAAACAGCUGUGCUCAACUAUGACCGAUACGAGCUCGAUGCUUGAUUCAUGAUGAAUUUCCAAAAAAAUAGGAUAAAGAAGUUAUUUAGUGGCAGUUUUACGGUACAAUUUUUGAAAAAAAAUUAUAAUCUCAUUUAUUUUAUUUUUAAACAUUUUUUUUAAAUGUAAAAAAUUCUCCGAAAUCAUUCUGCAUAUAGUAUAUUAUUAACAGUUGACCCCCUCAUAAAAAACUUUCUGCGGGCGCCUGAUUAGAACCAGUAAAUGUUAGCCCCCUUUUUAAUAACGAAUGUACACAUACUUAGUUGAGUAUUGUUCAAAACCAACUCUCAGUAGUUACACCUAAAUAAAUUAUAACAUAGACUUCAGAAAUUGAAUAGCAAUAGUAGGUAAUUUAGAUCUUCAUAAAAUGUAACACAAUUAUUUGUAUACUUUAUUACAUACUUAAGUCACUUAAGCUACACCUAAGUUAAGUUCAAUCAAUAUUAUAUUAUUUAAUGAGUAUAGAGUAGGUAUACGUAUAAUAAUAUAUUAAAUCACAAUUUUUAUGUUCUAACAGAUCAAAUAUCAUAUGCUUUUAAUGGUAAGUUAUUUUACAAUUUCAUUUUUAUUUUAUGCUAAAGGUAGAAUAUUUUCUCCGAUAAUUGCAUUUGUCUACAGGAUUUUAUGUCUCUGAACAAACUUCCUGUGUUUCAUGGAAAUAUACUAACAUUUAAAUAUCUCCUGAGAUAAUAAAAAUAAUUAGUCUUUUAUUUUUAUUUUUUUAUUACUCACAGAGAUAAGGACUAAAAAUAUUUAUGUUUUAUUUUAUUUUAUAAUACCAUAUACGCUUGCAGAUUUUUAAUUAAUAUAUUCAGAGUAUCACCCGGAUUUUUUUUCUUAUUUCAUUUUGGCGCUUAUGUCUUCCGCCGUAAAAUAUAAUAAAAAAACUUCUCAAAAACACGAUUAAAGAUAUACUAGUUGCCCAACGGGCUAUGUCGUAAGGGAUAUUACAUAGCAAUUGAAAUUGCUUGAAAAUGAUGUUUAUUUUUUUUAUCUGUGAUCAACUUUUCUACUAGAAAACUUGCUCCAAUUUCCAAAUGUAGCACUCUUUCUGAAAGGACUGACUAGGAAGGUAUAUUUUAGGGAGGUUAUUUUUUGAUUUACCCAGAAGUUUUCUAAAUACAUUGGAAAAAUACGGGAAAAAACGAGAAAAUAAAUACAAUAUUAAGCAAUUAUUAACGCUAUUGUAAUUAUUUUAUUAUAAUGUGAUAUAUUGUAUAUUGUUGAAAACGUAACACUUUUAACCGGAUUCCACUCAGAAUAGUUUUUCGUUAGCAAUGGUUAAUCGUUGCAUACAGAUAUACAUUAAAUUUCCCCUCUACCUUCCCCAUCGCCACAGCUAAAAACAGUGGCCCACCCACGUAUGAAGUAUGUCCGUUUUUGUUCUCUGAACUAUGAAAAAUGAUUGAAAAUCGCAAAUUUGAUGAAAUAAAAAGUUGAAAUGUCAAAAUGUUCAGAAGAUAAAACUCUAUAAAAUUACUCUAUUAAAUUUUUUAACAAAACAUAAAAAUUGUAUUCAAAUAUGAAUGUUUAUAUUGUUCAUCUCCAUAAAUUAUUUAAAAAAAUUACCUAUUUUAAAUCUAUACUUCAGAGAAAUUUUUUUUUUGUAGAUUGUAAAAGUUUCAAAGAAUGUGCCAUUUUUGCAUACAGAUAUCUAAGUAAGUAUUUUAAAUAUUUAACACGUGACCACGUGACUAAAGAUUACUUUUUGGGUCUAACAUAUUUUUUUAAUAAUUAUCGUUUCAAGGUCCCAACACCACAAAAUUUAAUUUAAAAUUUCCACUUUUAGGCUAGGAAUUCUGUAAUAUAGAAAUAUAUAGUUUUUUUUAGAUUACAAACAUUACAACAAAUUUCAAACUGAUUAAUUUGAAUUACAUUGAAAUGAUUUUAUUAUAGUAAAAAAAGAGCUGAAGUGUAAGUUAAUUUGCGUAAUGUUAUAUGUUAAACAGAAUUUAAUUAUGUCUAAUAAAUAAUGGUGUAUAAAACUUGAUUGAAAUCCAGCUAUAUUAAUAAUAAUUAAGUAAAAAUUAUUUAUUAAUUUGUAUAUAAUUAAAUAUUAGGAGUGGGGAAAGUGACUUUCCCAUUGCCUAGGUUUACUGUUACCUGUAAGGAGCAGAAUAUGCAAUAGCUAUCACCUAACCUAAACUAACUUAACCGAACCUCCAAUCUUAACUGAUUGGAGGGGAUUUGGUUUUCCAUGUUGGGGGUUUUUCAACGGGCUAACAACCCACCACAGUAAAAACUCAAACGUUAAGACCACAAAUAUUCUGCCUCAGAAUAAUCGAUCACAAGAUUCAAGACUGGAAAUUUGAAAAUUAGCUUUACGUUUUGGCAUCUAGCCAUGUAUGUUGGCCUUUUUAUUUUAACUAGACAUUGUCGAUUCACUAAAUUUUGUGUCAUUUUCGUUCUAUCGACGUAAAAUAUCAUCUUUAUUCCUCAAAACUUCAGCAACUUGCGUUUCAGCGAUGUCAAUAUCAGCAAGUUUACAAAUAGACAAACAAAGGUUGACAAACAAUUAUUAAAAUGUUACCCCUAAUAAGGGAUGACUGGGUAUCACAACAUACUAAUAAUGGUGGAGUAAUAUCAGAAUCUUAUAAUUUUAAAUAAUAGAUACAUUAUUAUUAUACGACUAAAACGUCACUAUGCGCUUUUUGAAAUCAUUAAUACUCAAUCUUUUCGUCAAAGAAAAUUUCAAUGAACAUUUUUCAACUUCACACAAUAUGUAAUGUGACGUUGAAAAAUUUAAGUGUAUUGUGCACCUAAUUAUUCUGAAUAAUAUUAUUUAUAAAUUAAAAUAUAUCUUUUUGCAAUAAAACAUUGUUAUUUUUAACUUUUAUAAACGGCAAUUGCAUUGAAAAUUAAAAUCGUCAUUUUAAUUUUUAGUCUUUGCACUACAAUACAUGAAGUAUCUUUAUGAAAACAUUGAAAUCGGUAAGUAUUUACAUUAUUUAACACAAAUUAAAAUUAUACCUUUAAUAUAAUAUACAAUAAUACCUACUUGAAUAAUCUCUCUUUUUAAUUAUUAAGGAAAAUAUUCGAUAAAAUAUGACUUAAACGACCUAACAAAAAAGGGAAAAAUAUCAACAAUUGAAGAAUCUAUUGUGAUGACUCCAAAAUCUUUUUGUAUUGUCAUAGCAGGUUUGUUAAAGUUAAAUUAAGUUUAUUGAAAGUUAUCAAAUUUAUAAUAAAUCGAAAAAUAAUUAAAUUAAAAAUAAUUUUUAUUUUACAUUCUGAGUGUAAUGACAAAGUAGUUAUUUUUUUAAGAUGUUUUUUUUUCCGAACACAUUUUCUUACUCAAUAAAAAUACCUUUCGUAAAUUAAAACAUGUGAAUUUGUUGGCCAGUAAAACUGAAUAUCAAAAAAUUAUUUUGGAUUUCCAAUAGUAUCUCCAAAAAUAUAACAAUUUCAAAAAGAAACGAUGCACAUAUUUUGUUUUCGUUUAUUUCUGUGUUCCAUUAGUUCAAUAAAAGGAAAAACAAAACUAUGACUAUAACCGUAUAACUGGUAUUUUACCAGUUUACCAAAUUCCGUUCAGAAUUGAUGUGUAUUUUUUAAUUAUGAUUUGUUGUUGCUUUCAGUGUGUAAACUGAAUAAACCUAAAUUUCUUACCUAUAUAUAAAUUAAUUCCUACUUAUAUAAAAUUGCUUCGAUCAAUUAUCUAUAGAAACAUUAUUCUUUCAUUUAUAUAAUAGAUUCUGUAUAUUUCUAUAGAUGAAUUAUGGUCAACCAUAGUGAUUGACAUCGUUCAAUGGUCAACACGUGCUAAAGGUAAAAUUUUUAAUUAGGUUUUUGACAGAAUGAUUUUAUAAGUCUAUUAAUCGUCAUCACUAUUAUUUAAAUACUCGGAAAUUAACCUAAUUUAACUGUUAAACAUAUAUAUUUAUGUAGGUACAUUGGAUAUAAUCUUUUACGUGUUACUUUAGGGAAUUCCUAUAGAUGUUCCUCCCGGAACAAACUUAGCUUAAAUUCGGGAAAUAGAGUUGUUUUAUAUGCAAACAGAAGUGAUGAAUAGAUUAAAUUAAAUUAUAUCGUUUCGGGAAGGUAUUUUAUUUAUCUUAAAACACCUCUAAUGACUCCCCCCCCCUCCCCCAAUGAAGCCAAGGUUAUGCGUUGUAUCAGGAAUUUGUUUUAUAUUUUGGGAAAUUCAAAACUCAACUCCCAUGGUCUCUCCCCUACUAUUUGUUUACUAAAAAAAAUCACAAUUUCCUUGAAAGUAUUAUAGUUCUAGUAUAGUUUAAUAUAGUAUUGUAUUAAGUAUUAUAGCAUUUGGUUAUUUAUAGCUUAUCAAAGUGGUGCCGAUGAUUGACAAUCAUAUUUUUUUUUAACAGUUCUGAUAUAAUCAUGAACCAAGAUUAUAAUUAUGAACUAGAUACGAUACAAGAUGGUUGGGUAGUUUUAAAAUCGUCAAAUCGUCUUAGUUCAUGAUUGUAAUAUACAAUUUAACGGAGUACAUGUUCGGUGGAGUCCAUUAUUCAUUGAAAUAAACUCUAAUAAUAUUAACAAUUAUUAUUAUUAAUUAAUUUAUUUAUUUAUUAAUUAUUUAAUAUUGUAUCCUACGAGCCAAGGUACUUGUAUGUCUAUUCCACUAAUGCGUAUUUAGCAUAUUAUACGUAUUCAGCAUUUCAGCAUCGUGCCGUGAGGUGCCGAUUAAAUAAAUUUUUUUGAUCAACAUCGUACCCUUCUGUUUUAGGUCGAUUCACUUUCCAGCCAAAUCGAAAUUUCAAUAGUUACUUUAUGUCAUAUACUAGUUUUGUUGAAAAUUAUUAAAAAUAUAAGUUGUUUAAAAAUUAUAUAAUAAUAAUAUAUUUUAAACAAUAUAUAUUAGUUUUGUGAAUAAUUAUUUAACUAGUAGCUGAUCAGGACGAUCAGCAAAAACAUUAAAAAAAUAUUAUUAUAUUUUAGAAAAAUCAAUCUAAAGUGUGGUGCAACUGUUUUCAUGACUACAAAACCGAAGCAAUUUAGUCAAUCAUUAUUAAGCUGAUAUACAUUUGAAUGAAAAUUAAACUUUUUUAAUUUCUUUAAUUUAACUUUUUAACUUCUUUAAUUUUGAUUGAAAAGUCGAUCGACCGAAGAAGGAGGUAUACGAAGGGGAUUAUUAAUUCCGCCGCCUACACAUUUUUACCUGCAGUUAUCUUUUUUCCUUCUUAACCUUAUUAAAAUUACAAUAACGUAUUUUUGACUAAAUUAUGUAACUAAUAAUUAUUAUUCUAGUAUAGGAACAUUAAUAAAAAAAUGUAUGAUAUAAAAGCUAUUCAGUUAAUAAAUAUUUAAAAUUAUGUGUUAUAUUUUUUAUUUUUUAUGUUUUUUUUGUGGGGUUUGGAUGUCAACUUUUUAAAUUCAAAUGAGAACCUGUUUCCAAAAUUCCAUAAAUAAAUGGAGUGUUACAGUAAAUACAUUUUGGUGUUAAUAUUUUUGAUUACUAUCAACGCUUUGAAGAAGCGUUUCACUCUUUACUUUUGAUAGGGAGAGAGUUGGAUAGUUGGAACAAUAUGCACUUCUGUGAUAUCACGGCAGGUUUAUGUGAUAAACACCACAUAAUUAUUAUAAAAAAUGUUCAUCAUAUUGCGCACUAUUUAAUUUAUUACCUGAUAAUCUGAUCCAUCAAGAAUCAAUCUGACUAGUAUUUUGAUGAGGAACAUUGAAAUUUAUUGGAUUGUUUAUCUGAUUGAUAAUUUGGUAUUUGGUAACUGAUAUUGGGAUUGCCAAGAAACACACAUUAUUUGUAAAUUAUAGGUAUUUGUAAUAUAAUUUGGUAAGUUAAUAUUUUCCUCGUAAAUUUGAAAUAUCAGUUAAAUUAUCUGUUAUAUUAUACGUAUACUUGAGUAAUAAUUUCCAAAAAUAUUACUUAAAAAUUAAGUUAAAUAUAAGUGUAUUUUUUUAUAAAUUAAAAUAAACCUAACCUACGUUAAGUACUAUAAAUUAUAAUAGGUAUCCAAAAGUCGAUGGUAAAGUGGCGAAUUCAAAAAUGCCCUCAGUUCUUUUGUUGCUUGUCUACUUUUGCCCAUUAUUAAUAAUAUGCAAUAAAAUUUAUCGGCCUAAUCAAAUAAUAGUAAUUAAAAAUCAAAUAAGACAAAAACUUAAAUUAUUUGUAAAUUAUCAACUAACUUUCAAACAGAUCAAAUAUUAAAAAAUAUUUUCAAAACAAUAAAUUAUAAAUACAUUAAUAAUAUUAGAUUUAUAUUAACAUUUUGUUCAGUUGUUAAGAAAAUAAUUAAUAACAAAUCUAUGAAGGUAUAUUCAUACAUAACACAAUAAAUGAUACACAGAAUAUUUCACAAAUGAGUGAUAUUAUCUCCGGAGAUAAUACAAAUAAUCAAAUUAUAGUUUUUUUUUACAUAUUAUGAUUACAUUGUGAUUAGGACUACAAAUAUUUAUACUGCAAUUCAUUUUUAUACUUUGGUAAACAAUUUAAAAAAUAACUUUUUAUUUCAUUGUUAUUGAAAAAUUUUAAAAUGAGCCAUUUUAUAAACUUUAUUCUUCAGAAAAUAUUGAUUCAUCAAUUUUUUAUUUUCAUAAAAUUUGUGAUUUUUAAUAAUUUUUUAAAUUUCAGAGAAAAGAAGUGUACUGUAAAUAAAUCGUAAUAAUAAUAAUCAAAUAGAGAAUGCAAUUACAGAUUGCUGCAUAAUUAUCAGUAUUUUUCUCUGAACUUUAAAAAAUUAUUCAAAAUCACCUUUUAAUGAAAAUAAAAAGUUUACACAUCAACAUUUUUUAACAAAUAAUUUCUAUACAAUUUUUUUUUUUAAAAUUUACAAAAAUAAUAAAAUGAAAAGUUAUUUAUUUAAGUUUUUAAUUGAAGCAUAAUAAAUUGAUAGUAAUAUGAACAUGUAUAGUCCUUUUUUCUGUGAAUAGUAAAAAAAAAGAAAAAAAGAAAAUUUGAUUAUAUUUAUUGUCUCUGGAAAUAUUGUAAUGGAUAUAUCUUCGUUGGACAUUAUGUCUACAAAAUAUUUCUAUUUAUAAUUGAAUAAUUUAAAUUUAAUUUCCCGGUAUUAUAGCUAUAUUUUAUUGCACAUGAUUUUUUCACAAACAUUUUACAAUGACAUCAAAUUAUAAUAUUAUGCUAAAAGUCGAUCAUUGCCAUGGAUACUUGGCAUAUUGUGUUCUAACACAGACCGAAUGGUAACAAAAAUAUUAAUAAUAAGGAGCAAAGGUACGCAACCAAUAGUGAAAUUUAAGAUUCCGUACUAUGUCAUUGUUACUUAUCUUGAUUUUUCAAUAUUAUCAUUAUUUUAUAAUACUUGCUUAUGUAUAAAAAACGAUUUAAGAUAUCAUUAUUCGUGGUUUAAAACGAUAGUUUUUCUUACCGUUUUGGAUAGAAAUACACGAUUACAUCAAUUGAGGAUUACGCUUUAGUGGAAUUGACGCUCAGAUAAACAAUACUUACCUAAAUAUACUUAUUUGUUAAAAUUUUGAAAACAUAAAUAAUAGGUAUUGAUAAUGUUUAUGUUGUGUUUUAAACCUAGCAUGUUUCGGUAAGUAUCCAAUUUAUUACACAAAUUUGUUAUUUAUUUAAAAUAAACUCGUAAUAUUCUAUUAGAAACUUAGGUGCGAUUGAGAUAUCUUAAAAUAAAAAUGUUAGCUAAUAAUAUUGUGAUCAUAAAUAUCUGAAUUUAUUUAAAUAGUCAAUAGAAUAAUAAAAUAAUAUUAAUUUUAAUUUUGUAAUUGAUUUAUUUCUGAAACUAUUAUCAACAGACGAUAUGGUGGAAUCCGGUAUUGACUUAGGUACGUGAGUAAUUUAUCGUAAUAAAGAAAUAACGUAAUUAUGUAUAUUUGUUUCUUUAAUAUUUAUAUUUACUUUUUUUUUUUUACUUACAGACCAAAUUCAUGAUAUUUAUAGAAGCAUUGAAUCCGGUAAACAAUUUAAACUAAAACUAAAACCAAGACUAUAGUAAUAUGUCCUAUGUAAAUCCGAUGUCAGCUCAAAUUCGCAUCGCAUAUUACAUCGUACGUUUCUCGUCGUUAUAUUAUCAUUUAUUUUUCUUAUCUUCCUAUAGUAUUCUUUCUCGAAGUGUUUAUGAUAUGUGCUGAACUGCCUUGCGCUAAAAUAUUGUUGGAUUAUCGUACUCUUAAGUUAUUAAUAAUUUUCGCGGAUUCCUACGUGUUCUUCUGAUUUCAAUGAUUCUAGGAAUUUUUUAAAAAUGUUAGGUUUUUCCUUGAACUUUAUUGUCUGAAUCAUUAUUAUUUAUAAUUAUUUGUUUUCAACUAUUAUUGUUAUAAUUGUAUACUAGUAGGUACAUUGUAUUUAACUACACAUUAUAAUUAACUGAAUUCUUAUACGAUUUAUAUAAUUUGCGAGAUUGAAAGCUUAAAAGCUGUAUUAAUGUCGUUCAAUAUAACAUAUGAUUAUAUUCGUUAUUAUUAAUUUUAUUAAUAGUUUCAGUUACGCAAUCGUUAUAUUAUCUCUUCUUCAAUUUUUUUUAAAUUUUAACCUUAAUCGAACUAUACCCGUAUCUACUCUCUCAGUUCAACUACCGGGUAACAUACAAAACCAAUGUUUAUUAGCAGAAUAAGUAAAAUUAGCUUAAUUUUGAUUAUAGAGCAAAAGUACCUAUUAUGACAUUAAUGGAGAGCAACAUUUCGAAAAGAAUAUACAUAGGGUUUUUGUAUUAUUCAAAAUAUACAGCUCGAUAUAAAAGUUAAAAAAACAUUUUUAAUUUUUGUUUUUUAAAUAACUGUAAUUUUUUUUAAUAAUUUAUAAUGCAAAAUAAACCUAUAACAUAUUCCCCCCAAAUAUUGUUCUCUAUAAAUUUCUGAAUAGGUACUUUUACUCUGAAAUCAAAAUUAAGCUAGUUUUACUUGUUCUGCGUAAACAUUGUUUUUGCAUGUUACCCGGUAGUUGGACUGAGACAGUAGUUGCUGGUAUAUAAUUUCUUAAUUCUCUUUUCAAAUCAUUUAUUUAUGUUUACAGAAUUGCAAAAACUAAAGACAAGUAA